AAUGCUAUGCGUUUGCCUGUUGUAUGCGGCGGAAGCGAUUGCAGGAGCCGGAAACACGUCAUAGACGUCGGGUUUUGAACAUCACCUAUAGAGGUGUGAAUGUUUUAUUUAUUAUAACUUUAUUUUAGUUUUCAUGUGGCCGGGGGUUCACGUGCACUCCUCAGUAGGGUUGCCAUAUACGGUUGUCUGCUGUUUGUAGAUUGCCUUCUGUUUCUGAACAACUUGUUUUGGCGCGCUUGCCCCAAACACACACUUCUGGAGGUGCUCAUAUGCUUGACAGAGAAUCAAAACAAUGCCGGGCUCUGCUCCGCAAUUAAUGCAAACACAUAGAAUAUUACGGACCCUCGGUGACUUCUAAUUAAAGUAAUUUUGCCCACUUUUAGUGAAACGUUGGCGCAAUGUCUUCCCUUCGACUUCACCCUUCCCUCUCCGUUCCUCUUUUUUUUUUUUUGCUUUUCACUGUGGAGUUGGGGGCAUUUGCAGCCAGUAAUUCUGCGCGAACUUGGGUGAAAGAAAGAAUUGUCUGUUCAUAACAUCACAGGUACCUAUGAAUUUUCUUUCUUCCUGUUUCGUCGUUUUUGCUUCGUUGAGUGUUUAUCAGUAUAGAAAAAAAAAAAGGAAAGAAGAGAAGAAAAAUAAAUUUCUUUUAUACAUUGUUAUGUCAAACUUAUAGCGUUCCGUGAAUCCCUAAAGUUAGAACAACUGGGCCUCACUUGCUGGUCACAUUCAAGGUGCACAGCCACGUAGAUAUGCUGGUGACUUGGUGUAACAUGACGCAGAGGACCUAAGAACCGGUUACGACUACGAAGAAGGCGUCACGAAAGUGGCAACCACGGAAAAAAUACGUAAUACGUGCCGGCCCACGCCAGACGACGCUCGAAACACAAAAGGCCCCAACGAUGUCUUUUCAUUGGUCGUGCGCCCCGCCACCACCGAGGACCAGUGAGAGAGGGGAAAAGCGCGAAUGUCGUCUGCUAUUAUAAGGCGGCCGGCAGCUUCGUCUGCCCCGAGAUCUAAACUUGCAGACGAGAGAAGGCAGACGACAAGAGUGCGGUUUGCUGUUUUAAAGUGUGGCAUGUGUGAAAAUGUUCCUCGCGGUUUUGUUUUCUGGCCAUUCCCGUGAUCGUCUGCUUGUUCGCGAAAGUACGUGAAAGAACGAAGGCGCGCGUUGUAAUCUUUUUUUUCCCUACUGUUACUGAGUUCGUGAUACCCCGUGUGCAUUGUUGGGAGGUGAACUUCUGGAGGCAUGACAAGCAUACGAUUGUUUGUACUGUGACAUCUUCACCGUGGUAUAGAGAAAGUCACGGCAACAUAUAAGGGAAUCCGUGGCUGUGUGCUUUCAGCUUUUGCUUCCACAUCUGAGCCGAGCUCGGACGCGACGCCCGCUAGAAGAAAAAAAAAAUAUUCGGUUCGGCUUGGUUAAGCGCAUACAGCAGAGAAGACUCGCCAUGCCGAGCAUUGUGCUCUUCCGGCGGCGGUGGAUAAUCGCGAACGACGACCUGCACCUGCCACCACUCCUGGAAGCCAUCUGCAGGUUAGGAUGGCUGGUGGCAUCCGGCCUGCUCCUCUGGGAGCAUCGACCCCUGUGGCUGUGCGGCGACUCCGACUGGCUCGCGUUCGCCUACCAGCUCGGCGCACAGGUCUUCUGCCUGCUGGUCAUCGGCUCGGACCUCGCGCUCGCCGCCAUCGCCAGCCGGGGAGGCAUCGUCGCGAGCAGCAUGCGGAGGGCGCAGGUUCCGGUGUUGUACGCGAGGAGCUUCAUGCUGCUCGCCGAGAUAGUGUGGCACGCCCUGGGCACGGCCAAGGUCUUCUUCUACAGGGAUUCCUGCGUGCCGCUGGACCUCUGGCAGCAGUUGGAGACGCUGGCGAUCGUGGCCUGGUGCUUCCUGCUGGUGCUCCUGCUGUGUGUUUACGCUCUGUACGACCCGGCCGGAUCGCUUAAGCACAACCCCUUCCGGGACCUCGGGGAGGUGCAGGUCAGCCGCGACGUCCAAAGGUUCUUCUUGGAACCCUCGGAGAAAGGGCACCGCCGACGAAGACGCCUGUGGUUUGCCAGGCUGCGCCGAUUCUUCUGCUGCGCGAGCGACACGGAAGACAGCACGGAGGCUUACGAGCACAUGGCCGAAUACACGACACUCUUCUAUGAGGACGUGGACGUCACGCCAUCGGACAUGUUCUCGGCGCUGGUUCUUCUGCGGAAGAAGCAACGCCGCCAGCUGGCGCGCAUGGGCUCCACGUCCGAGGAGUCGCGAGAGGGCAUGAUGGUGCCCUACUGCACCACUGACUAUUCUUCCUCCGCGCCGGUGGACAAGGCUCCUUGCAGCAAUGGCGUACCACCUGGUGCAGCAGCGGCGCCAGCACCAGCAGCACCAUGUCCGGUGGCCGGCGCGACCACAACGGGACCGCACGCGUGGAUGAACCCCGAGCAGGCGUUGUACUACCUCAAGUUCGCCUGGGGCAUCUACGGCUGGCCCGCGUACAUGGCCUCGCACCUCUUGACGGGUUUCUGCGACCUGUGGGCUGGAAUCAGGUGCUGCGCGUGCCUGCGCGGAGGCAGCGGCAACGUGUCGGGUGACAACUGCUGCGAGUGCCACGCGGCCACCGUCAAGCACCUGACCCGAGUGCGGCCCGAGGACCUGCUCUUCUCGUCGUUUUCUAACGGCCUGUACCGAGUACCCUUCUACGUGGCCCUGGACCACCGCACCAACGCCAUCCUGGUGGUGGCCCGGGGAACCCUGUCGGUAGCCGACGCGCUCACCGACUCCAUGACUGCCGCGGCCGAGAUGCCAGACGGCGUGGGUCUGUGCCACCAGGGAGUGCUGCAGAGCGCGCUGCAGAUCCUGGGCCAGCUGGACGAACCCCUGGCGCAGGCCACGGCCCGGCACCCAAACUACACCCUGGUGCUGACAGGACACAGCCUGGGCGCGGCCGUUGCCUCGGUGCUUGGCAUCCUGCUCAGGCCGCGGUUCCCCAAUCUACGCUGCUACGCCUUCUCGCCACCAGGAGGAAUCCUGGACGUGGAGAGGGCUCGUGAGACACGUGACUUCGUGAUGACCAUCGUUGUGGGUGACGACAUAGUGUGCCGGCUGGGCUUCCGCCAGGUGAACAAGUUCAAGCGAGAUGUGGUCAGCUGCCUGCUGCAAUGCGACAUGAACAAGAACGUCCUCAAUAGGCAUGGUCUUGAGGCGCUUUUCUGUGGUCGCCGGCUCACGCCUCCGCUGAAGAACAAGGAGGCCUUCGAGAAGAUCAAUGCUCCCACGGGACAGCUCGCCGAAUGUCUGAGGCCACGCGAUAAGUCUGGAGUGGAACCGGCGUCGCUCGAUGUCAUCUUGGACAAGGGCGUUCCUCCGAUCGAGUGGCCCGAGAUGCACAUGCCCGGGAAGAUCCUGCACUUCGUCAGGGAAAGGAAACGUGCAGAGUACGAGAUGUUUUGGACGUCGCCAGAGUACUUCGACCACAUCGUGAUCAGUCCGCGCUGCUUCAAGGACCACAUGCCAGACGUCCUCUACGACGCGCUUCGAAGCGUCUGCACCGUCACGGCGCUCUGACCAUCGUGAUGUGUUCGCUUGCGCCAAACGACGAACAACAACAAAAAGAACAAAUUGGACACCAUACGUGGGUCAAUGACGCUCGGACGUCUUGACAGUGGUAUACCCGCAAUGUCCAGUUGCGCGUUGGAUGAAGACCGGCUGCGUUGGCAGACGAUCACGUAAAACUAUAUACGGGUCCAGCAGAAGUUGCUCACAACCAAAGAAGCGAGUGUAUAAGAUUCGUCAUUCCGAGCGAUUCCAGUAACCCCUUCUCAGACCACCACCCUACGGUUUGUGCCAUCUGUGACAACCAGGGGUCGCUGCACAUCGCCUGCGAUCGCGUGCGUGUGAUGGAUACGUCGCGUACGUGCCAGACGUCUUCGUCGGUUGUGAAGGACUGUUCCGAAGGGCCUGAAAUUACACGCUUGAAGGUGUUCGUACUUUCGCAUGACGAUCCGGUGACUCCGACAUCACGGAGUUUGUCGAGUUUGACACGGAAGCAUACGUGAGAGCUGCAUCUUCGUGUCGCCAUAAUCAUAUCGACGCACCUGAAGAAGAGAAUAUAUUUUACGGUGAACAAGUAUGGAGUGUACGGAACUAUACUUAUUUCGUUUUCUUUAUUUAAUUUUUUUUCUUGUAAUUUUUGCUCAAGGAGGACCGUGCGCCAAACGUGCGCCAAACGUGCUUCAUCAACCAAUUCUCACUAUAUCUCGUGCGACUGUAAAUAUAUAUAGGCAUAUAAUAUAGACUGCUGGCCACGUGUGACUGUACACUCGCGUAUAGUUGAAGGACCGAUUGCGGGGCAACGGUCUUUCGUGUGAUGUUAAAAGACACGAAGUUCACGAAGCAUUCUUCCGUGCGUCUCUCAAGCACAACUGCUGACUGCCAUCCAACAGAGUGCUACUUAGUGCGAUUGCAGCUUUUCACUUUCUUUUUUCUGUUUCUUUUUCACCAUAUUGUAAAAAAAAAUCACCCUGUAAUCUAAAAAAGACAUUGAUUGACAGCAAAAAUGCAGGCUCGGAGUCAUCAGUAGGGGGCGAUCAAGAGGAUCCUCAAACUGCGAGGCCAACGUUUUGACGAAACUACUUGUCACAGUGGACUCGCAAGGGAAGCAUCAACCUUGCGCUAACGUUUCGACAAGGGGAUUCGUCUUCGUCAGUUGAUGCCCUGACGAAGGCGAGUCCCCAUUGCCGAAACGUUGGCUCCAUGGGCUGAGAAUUCUCUCUGGUCACUGUUAAGGUCCUGUAACUAGCUUUUGGUUACAGCUUUGCCGCCCAGCCGUAUACACCCUAGAAGCAACUCCUUUAUUGAUGGGAGUAAUUUCAUUAUGCGGGAGUGCCACCCAUAUUUAACUCCCGUCUUUUUAGGAGUUUUCAUGGACAAGUAGCGUAAAACGCCCCCCGUCGGAAGGUAAAGCUGUCGAAAGUAGAGUUAAAUAUGAGCAGUUGAUUCUCAUUAAAGAGUUUUAAACACACAUCCUUCAUUACUCCCCCCCCCCCUUAAUCCCACCACAACAGAGAGUUUACGCGAAUGACAAUAAACUUUGAUCGAUGUA